AUGGAAUCUACAGCAGAUUUAGUGACAAAAUCAGUCGGAGAUUUGACUGUAGAAGAACCUCUGGCAAAGACGUUCAAACAAAUGACUGUUAAAGAACGAGUGGGUUAUAUAAAAGAAGUUAUAACUGUGGAGCCCUUAAUAGCUACUUACAUAAUAUCGGCAAUCUUGGCAAAGCCUGCUUUAUUGGUGUUAGAAUAUGAAAAAGCUUGCAAAGCAAAUUUGGGCUUGAACGACACAGUGUGCGACACUAUAAUCAACAGCGAAGAACUUGUCUAUGUAAAUGAAACCACUCAAAUUCAAUUAUUAAUCAGCGACGUGCAUUCAUGGCAACUUCCAAUACAAAGCAUAAUGCCUUUGAUAUUGGUACUGUUCCUAGGGUCUUACAGUGACAGACACCAAUGGAGAAAACCCUUUCUACUGUUACCUUUAAUCGGUGAACUAUUUGCUGUAGCUGGAUGCAUCAUUUCUGUCACCUUUAUGCGAUCUUGGAACUUGGAACUGCACGGAUUUGUCCAAGCAAUCGUACCAUCGUUUUUUGGUGGACAAACCAUGUUGGUGAUGGCAGUGUUUGCUUAUAUUGCUGACGUUAGUACUUUGGAAAUGAGAACUUUACGUGUAGGGAUCGUGCAAAUUGUAAUAAACGCUUGCGUACCUACAGUGCAAUCGUUUAGUGCGGUUUUAUUUAAGGCUAUCAAUUAUACCGGCGUAUUGUUUAUUGCUGGAGCGUUUUACUCGAUUGGAAUUGUUUAUGGGAUGUUUUGGAUUAAAGAACCCAAAAGGCCCGAUAAAACAACAAAGAAGAACUUUCUGGUUGAUAUUUUUGAUACCAAGCACGCAAUCGAUACGUUUAAGUUGGUUUUCAAAAAGAAUCCCGACAAUGAUCGAUUGUUUAUUGUCUCUUUGUUAGUUGGAAUGUUUGUUUAUACGAUGGUUAAUGUGGGAGAGGAGUCUGUGUUUUUUUUGUACACCAAGGCCUUUUUAAAUUGGAGCAUUGUGGAGUAUACUUCGUUUUCGACGGCCAACACGCUCAUUCAUUUAGUGGGCACAAUCAUCGCUGUACCACUAUUCACGAAAAUAUUUAAAUUGCACGAUCUUACCAUUUUGUUGCUCACUUUUUUGGAUAAAAUCGUUUGCAAUAUUUUCUUGGGAUUGGCCACUGACAGUGUGCUUAUGUAUGUAGGUGCUGCUGUAAGUUUAAUUACAGGCGUAACAGCUAUUUCUCUUCGUUCGUUAGCUACUAAAGUUGUGUCUCAAAACGAUUUGGGCAAAGCUCAAUCGUUAUUCGGAAUUGUUGAAGCUAUCGGCCCAGCUGUAGCUGCCCCAGUUUACAAUGUUGGAGUGUACACUCAUACUUAUGAAACACUACCUUCAGCUUAUUUUUACUUUAGUGCGCUGAUUUAUGGGGCCUAUGCUGUGGUUAUUAUAUUGAUGUAUGUGAGGGAUAGAAGGAAGCCUAAGGAAUCAGUGGCAACGAAUGGGGUUAAAAAUAAUGAUGAAGUUAAAGAAAAACCUAUUCAAAUGGAUGAUAUUCAAAUUACUCAUAUGUGA